CCCCCACACUCGCACACACUCGCACUCAGCACUUUCGCUCACCACCACCACCCGUGGCAGCUUCGAAAGGGCCUGCUGAGCAUCGUUCUCGAAAAUCUCGACUCUUGACGCUGCGAAUCUUGAACUGUUGCCAUUGCGAAGCCACAAACGUUACUAUCCGCGCCGAUCCAUCCAUCAAGCUACGCGCUACCCUUUCCCCCGAUUCCUCGACUCGACUCGGAUCAGCACAGCCAGACGCACGCUCGCACGCUCGCACGCUCGCACGCAAGCAGCGCAAGCAAUGUUCACUCCAUCGCCGCCGCCGCCGCUAUUGGCGCUCCUCUCUCAUCUGCUGAGUCGAACAGCGCAACUGAACAACUCGCUAUCCCAACCCAUCUCCUCCUCUUUCUAUCCCUUCACCUGGCUAUCCACACUUCAUGCUCUGAGGACUUCUUUGGCUUUCAGAGCGCUUGCUGGUCUGGCUAGGAGGAGGAGGCGCGAAGAUGAGGGCAGGGAGGGGAUGAUGAUGGAGAAUGGCGAGAGAAAGGGGGAGAGGGAGAGGGAGAGGGAGAGGGAGAGGGAGAGGGAGAGGGAGAGGGAGAGGGAGAGGGAGCAAAGACUGGGUCCGGGCUGGAUGCAGGAUACGGUGGGCUUCUUGAUCAUG